UAUCAAGAGGUACAGUAAAUAAAUGACACAUCCCGACUCAAGACCGACAUGUGCAACAAUCGUUCCUACCGUAUGAGUGGAAACAUGGCAGCACCUACAGGGUCAAGCUCAUCCACACAAAACCCCACAGGUAUGGAGGGUUUCCCAAUACCUGUUUCAGACAGACCACCGAAUAAAGAGCAGACUAUCACCACAGAACCGCAAAAGAAGCCCUGUAGAGCGUGUUCAGAUUUUAAAUCAUGGAUGAAGACGCAGAAGAAACAGACGACACCAGCCUCAUUGCAGGAGAGCAGGGCACCAGAGGAGACUGAAAAGCCAGUCGAAUGCCCUUUGGACAGAGAGGAACUGGGCAGGAGCUCAUGGUCUUUACUUCACACUAUGGUAGCCUACUAUCCAGAUACCCCAUCUACAUCUCAACAGCAGGAGAUGACACAAUUUAUCAACCUCUUCUCAAAGUUUUUCCCAUGUGAAGAAUGUGCAGAAGACUUAAGAUCAAGAUUGAAAGCAAAUCAACCAGACACUAGCAGCCGCCACAACCUCUCUCAGUGGAUGUGUCGUCUCCAUAAUGGCAUCAACAUCCGGUUAGGCAAGCCAGAGUUUGACUGCAGCAGGGUGGAUGAGCGAUGGAGGGACGGCUGGAAAGAUGGCUCUUGUGACUGACAGCCACCAACAUGAACACAAGCAAAGUGCAGUCACAUGACCAUGCCUCCAGGCUUCUGUUUGCUUAUCAUACUUUGGUUGUCCAUCAAGAGUCAUACAUAAAUUUAUACAAGUUCAAUUUGCACUUGAUAACAAAUGUCUAUAUUGUGAUUUUAAUAGUACAUCUUUUUGCAAGUUUAUGGCAUCAUGGUCAAUGUUUCAGAGAAUGGAAAUAGUCUCUAGUGUACUUGAGUAACUUUGUUUUAUCUGUGCUGCUGCUGGAAAUAAAAUGAUCUGUUUAUUUGA